AUGGACCGCAACACACACAAGAAGAUACGGUGGCAAUUUGCAUCGCGCCUUCGAAAAUUCUUUAAGGCAUCUGUCAAUUCUAUUAGAACUGAAGUGUCCGCAAAAGCUUUAGCAUCUAUUAAGAAUACGUCCAAGAUACCUCAUGUUGGAGCUAACUUGAUUACGGAUAUCAUUGACAAUGAUAUGUGGCCUCUGUACAAACGAAUGGCCUCAGACUUGCUUAGCGCUCCUUACCAAUUCCAACAUACAGAUACUGCCAACAACCUGCGCCACAGAAGUAGUGGCUAA